GUCCUUGCAGGGUGUCUGAGCUAAACUUCACCAAAUAAUAGCUGUUUGUAUUUUGGCUGCUGCAGGAGCCAUUUUAGAAGUAAAUACCUUCAAUAGAUGAUAAUGAAAAUACAGAAGAAAGAGAAGCAGUUGUCAAAUUUGAAAGUCCUGAAUCACUCCCCAAUGUCUGAUGCCUCUGUCAAUUUUGACUACAAAUCUUCCUCCCCAUGUGACGGAAGCACUGAUCAGGAAGAGAAAAUUGAUGAUGUUGCCAGCCAUUGUUUAUCCCAGAAGGACCUGUUUGCUGCUGAAGAGGAUGCUGAGACCCUUUUUUCUAGGAGAAUGACCCCCCAUAAUGGACUGGAGGACAGUGGAGGAGGCGGCACUGGUGUGAAGAAGAAACGGAAGAAAAAGGAUCCUGGAGAGCAGGAGGGGGCAACGAGGGGAAGCAAGGACAGGGAGCCCAAGCCAAAGAGGAAGCGAGAGCCUAGAGAGCCAAAGGAACCCAGGAAGCCCAGGGAGCCCAAGAAAGUCAAGGAGCCCAAGGAGCCCAAGCAGAAGGAUGGAACCAAGAAAGUGCGGAAGGCUCGAGAGGCUUCAGGCUCCAAGGAGGCCAAAGAGAAGAGGAGCGGUGCUGACUGCUCAGCCCGGACAAAGUCCAAGAAGGCCAGCAAGGAGCAAGGACCAACCCCUGUGGAGAAAAAGAAGAAAGGAAAAAGGAAAAGUGAAACCACAGUGGAGAGUUUAGAGCUGGAUCAGGGCCUGCCGAACCCACCCCUGCGAAAUGCUGAGGAGUCCACAGAGUCUGCAGACAGCCAGAAAAGACGCUCUGGAAGGCAAGUGAAGCGCAGAAAAUACAACGAAGACUUGGACUUCAAGGUGGUGGAUGAUGAUGGGGAAACGAUCGCUGUUCUUGGGGCCGGCCGGACAUCCGCCCUCUCAGCUUCCACAUUGGCCUGGCAGGCGGAGGAACCUCCAGAAGAUGACGCAAAUAUUAUUGAGAAGAUCCUGGCAUCUAAGACAGUCCAGGAGGUUCAUCCCGGAGAACCACCAUUUGACCUGGAACUUUUCUACGUUAAGUAUAGAAAUUUUUCCUACUUACAUUGUAAAUGGGCUACAAUGGAAGAGCUUGAAAAGGAUCCUCGCAUCGCACAGAAGAUCAAGCGAUUUAGGAAUAAACAAGCCCAGAUGAAGCACAUUUUUACUGAGCCUGAUGAAGACUUAUUUAAUCCUGACUAUAUAGAAGUUGAUCGCAUCUUGGAGGUGGCCCACACCAAAGAUGCGGAGACAGGAGAGGAGGUAACCCAUUACCUGGUGAAGUGGUGUUCACUGCCUUAUGAGGAAAGCACAUGGGAGCUAGAAGAAGAUGUGGACCCUGCAAAAGUGAAAGAAUUCGAAUCUCUUCAAGUUCUCCCUGAAAUUAAGCAUGUGGAGCGGCCUGCUUCAGACUCCUGGCAGAAACUGGAGAAGUCUCGAGAGUAUAAGAACAGUAACCAGCUCCGGGAGUACCAGCUGGAGGGAAUGAACUGGCUUCUUUUUAAUUGGUAUAACAGAAAAAACUGUAUUUUGGCUGAUGAGAUGGGCCUAGGGAAAACUAUCCAGUCCAUCACAUUCCUUUCAGAAAUAUUUCUUAGGGGAAUCCAUGGCCCUUUCCUCAUCAUUGCUCCUCUCUCCACCAUUACGAACUGGGAGCGGGAGUUCCGGACAUGGACAGAAAUGAACGCCAUUGUGUACCAUGGCAGCCAAAUCAGCAGGCAAAUGAUCCAGCAGUAUGAGAUGGUGUACAGAGAUGCACAGGGAAACCCUCUUUCAGGAAUCUUCAAGUUUCACGUUGUCAUCACAACAUUUGAGAUGAUUUUGGCAGACUGCCCAGAGCUGAAGAAAAUCCACUGGAGCUGUGUGAUAAUUGAUGAAGCCCACAGAUUGAAGAAUAGGAACUGCAAACUUCUGGAGGGUCUGAAACUCAUGGCCCUGGAACACAAAGUGCUCCUCACUGGUACGCCCUUGCAGAAUUCUGUGGAAGAGCUCUUCAGUUUGCUAAAUUUUUUGGAGCCCUCACAGUUUCCUUCAGAGACAGCUUUCUUGGAAGAGUUUGGAGACUUGAAAACAGAAGAACAGGUAAAGAAAUUGCAAUCUAUCCUCAAACCAAUGAUGCUUCGACGACUGAAAGAUGACGUGGAAAAGAAUCUUGCUCCCAAACAAGAGACAAUCAUUGAAGUAGAGUUGACCAAUAUCCAGAAAAAAUACUACCGUGCCAUCCUGGAGAAGAACUUUUCCUUCCUGACCAAAGGAGCCAACCAGCACAACAUGCCCAAUCUCAUCAACACCAUGAUGGAGCUGAGGAAAUGCUGUAACCAUCCCUACCUGAUUAAUGGGGCAGAAGAGAAAAUCCUGGAAGAUUUCCGGAAAACCCACUGCCCUGAUGCCUCUGACUUUCAGCUACAGGCCAUGAUUCAGGCAGCCGGAAAGCUAGUACUGAUUGAUAAACUGCUCCCUAAACUGAUUGCAGGCGGCCACAAAGUGCUCAUCUUCUCCCAGAUGGUGCGCUGCCUGGAUAUCCUGGAAGAUUACCUCAUCCAGAGGAGAUACACCUAUGAGCGCAUUGAUGGGCGAGUACGGGGAAACCUGCGCCAGGCAGCCAUCGACCGGUUCUGUAAGCCAGAAUCAGACCGCUUUGUCUUUCUUCUGUGCACCAGAGCGGGAGGCCUGGGGAUCAAUCUCACAGCUGCUGAUACCUGCAUCAUAUUUGAUUCAGACUGGAACCCACAAAAUGACUUGCAGGCUCAGGCCCGAUGUCACCGGAUAGGCCAGAGCAAAGCUGUGAAGGUGUAUCGCCUCAUUACCCGUAACUCCUAUGAGCGGGAAAUGUUCGACAAAGCCAGCUUAAAACUUGGUCUGGACAAGGCUGUUCUUCAGGACAUCAACCGCAAGGGCAGUACCAAUGGAGUACAGCAGCUUUCAAAAAUGGAGGUAGAAGAUUUGCUCCGGAAAGGUGCUUAUGGUGCCUUAAUGGAUGAGGAAGAUGAAGGCUCCAAGUUCUGUGAAGAGGACAUAGACCAGAUUCUGCAAAGGAGAACCCAUACCAUCACCAUCCAGUCUGAAGGGCAAGGGUCCACUUUCGCCAAGGCUAGCUUCGUGGCUUCAGGAAAUAGAACCGAUAUUUCCUUAGAUGACCCGAAUUUUUGGCAGAAAUGGGCUAAAAUAGCUGAACUGGACACUGAAGCAAAAAAUGAAAAGGAAAGCUUAGUGAUCGAUCGGCCUCGAGUGCGAAAACAGACCAAGCACUAUAACUCCUUUGAAGAGGAUGAGCUCAUGGAGUUUUCUGAGCUAGACAGUGAUUCUGAUGAAAGGCCCACAAGAUCCAGGCGCCUCAAUGACAAAACCAGGCGCUACCUCCGAGCCGAAUGCUUCCGGGUAGAGAAAAACCUGCUCAUCUUUGGCUGGGGUCGGUGGAAGGACAUCCUGACUCAUGGGCGAUUUAAGUGGCAUCUAAAUGAGAAAGACAUGGAGAUGAUUUGCCGUGCCCUGCUGGUAUACUGUGUCAAGCAUUACAAAGGCGACGAGAAGAUCAAGAGUUUCAUUUGGGAACUUAUCACACCUACCAAAGAUGGACAGUCCCAGACCCUUCAGAAUCACUCAGGAUUGUCUGCUCCAGUCCCUAGAGGGAGGAAGGGGAAGAAGACGAAGAACCAGCUGUUGCUCCCAGAGUUAAAGAAUGCUGACUGGUUGGCCACCUGCAAUCCAGAAGUGGUCUUGCACGAUGACGGCUACAAGAAGCACCUCAAACAGCACUGUAACAAGGUACUGCUGCGUGUCCGGAUGCUGUACUAUCUUAAAGCUGAAAUUCUGGGAGAAGCAGCUGAUAAAGCAUUUGAAGGGACUCCUGCCAGGGAACUGGAAGUGCUUCUGCCUGACAUAGACUAUGUGGAAAUCCCCGUGGAUUGGUGGGAUGCCGAGGCCGAUAAGUCUCUUCUGAUCGGAGUAUUCAAACACGGGUAUGAGAGGUACAAUGCCAUGCGAGCUGACCCAGCUCUUUGCUUCCUGGAAAAAGUUGGGAUGCCAGAUGAGAAGUCCCUUUCUGCAGAGCAAGGUGCCACUGAUGGGGCCUCAGACAUUACUGAAAGAGGCACCGUGGAUAAAGAAGAUAAUGUUGAAGACAAAAUAGAUGGCCUCCAGAAACAAAUGGAGAAUUCCAGUGAUGGAGGCGAUGGCAUUUUUGGUGAAAAGAAGGAUGACAGCCGGGCAGCCCAGGAUGGCUCCGACUCAGACAAAUCGCCCUGGCCAGUUUCAUCUGCUCUCACAGCUCGUCUUCGACGUCUGAUCACUAUUUACCAGCGAUGCAACCGCAAGGAACUCUGUCGCCCUGAAAUUCUGGGUGCAGGUAACCAAGGAUACUGGGUCCAGGAAGAAAUGUUCAGGAGAACCUCAGAAAUGGAUCUGAUCAACAAGGAAGCCCAAAAGAGGUGGACCAGACGAGAGCAAGCAGAUUUCUAUAGAACCGUUUCUUCUUUUGGUGUUGUUUAUGACCAAGAGAAGAAAACCUUUGAUUGGACACAAUUCCGCAUUAUUUCACGACUGGACAAGAAGUCUGAUGAGAGCCUAGAGCACUAUUUCUAUAGUUUCGUGGCCAUGUGCCGGAAUGUCUGUCGCCUGCCUACAUGGAAGGAUGGUGGCCCCCUAGAUCCCACCAUUUACGUUGAACCCAUCCCUGAGGAAAGAGCUGCCAAAACUUUGUACCGCAUCGAACUAUUACGGAAGAUCCGAGAGCAAGUAUUGACAUGUCCUCAGCUACAUGAGCGUCUCCAGCUGUGCCGGCCCAGCCUCUACCUCCCAGUCUGGUGGGAAUGUGGGAAGCAUGACCGAGACCUGCUUAUUGGCACUGCAAAACAUGGAUUGAACCGCACUGACUACUACAUCAUGACAGACCCUCAGCUGUCCUUCCUGGAUGCCUACAGAAACUAUGCCCAGCAUAAAAGAACUGAUACCCAGGCACCAGAAAGUCUCUGUUGCCUUUAUCAAACCAACUCCAAGCUAUAUGAAUCUCUCACAUACAAUCCAAUGAGCAGAACUGUUGAGACCCUGGAAAAUGAGCCUGAGAAUCUCGUGAAAAUAGAUAGCAGAGAUGAUCUUGGUCUGCCUGGGGGCAGCUUAUCAGACAUGACUUGCGAAAACUUCAUUUCUAAAGUUCAGGACGUACUUUCUGUCACCCAUGAUGACAAUGUGCUUCCUGAGACAUUGGAGAGUGUGAUGUGUGGUAAGAAGGCCUUCAGCCAAGAACCAGGAUCUUUUCGGGAGAACCCAGGGACUGAUGUGGAAUCCAGGAAAGACACAAUUGCCAUCACAGCUAGCAGUCAUGGGGACUGCCUACCUGCUGGCCAUGAGACAGACACCACCUCAGGGUCUUCUGUGAUGAGCAGUUUAGAAGCAGGAGUGGCUCAAAUGAACAUAAAAAAUGGAAAACAUUUAUUGAUGUCCCUUUCAAAGGAAGAGGACUUGUGCUGUGAUGAAGUACGGCAGCGUCCGGAGACCAUCGGACAACUAGAAACCAAAUCCUUAGCUUCCCCUUCCUUGGAUCAAGGAAAUGAAAGUGGGUUUGUAGAUAUGUGCAAUCUUAGUGCCUGCGACUCCAAAAGAAACCUGUCUUCAGAGCAGCAGCUAAUUGACUUACUAGAAAGCAAAAGUUUAGAAAGUAAAUUGACUUUGAGUCAGAAUCACAGUGAUGAGGAAGAAGAAGAGGAGGAAAAUGAGGAGGACAGCUUAGACAUGGCAGCAGGCCUCAGGGAACGGCCAGAGACUCUGCAACUCACCGAGCCUAUGGUGAGCGUGCAAGGGGAAAAGAACUCAGACUUCCAUGUUGACGAAGCCAGAAAAGGAAACUUGGACAUGCUACUCUCACACCCUGGGCCACAGCAUGCUUUUCCUCCAGCAGCCUAUUCAUGUCCCUGCAAACACAUGGAGAGGUGGGCACGGGGCUUUGAGAAUGAUGGGUUUGAACUGGAGAAACCCAAGGGCUACAGCCCAGGCCUGCACAAAAGCCAGACAAAUAAUCCUGCAAUGGAGGGCGAGCCCCUUGCUGUUCCCUCAGAGCCAUUUAAAUUGAAGCCUGAUCUUUUAAAAGAAUCUUGGAAAGAAAAUGCAGAAGGCAAGAAAGGUUUCCCUCCAUACCCUCUUGAAGGAAGUGAACUCAAAGCAGAAGACAUGGAUUUCGAGGGUAAAGAUGAUUAUGAUAGAGAUGGAAACUGCCAUAGCCAAGAUUACCUAGGGAAAUACUCUGAAGAGGAGAGCAAGAGCUCAGCAUCAGGCAUCACAGGGGAUGGGGAAGACCCCCAAGAGGCUCGUGCGCCUACCAUUGCUCAGCUGCUCCAAGAGAAAACCCUCUAUUCAUUCUCCGAGUGGCCAAAGGAUCGUGUGAUAAUCAACCGCCUAGAUAAUAUCUGCCACGUGGUAUUAAAGGGGAAGUGGCCCUCCAGCCAGCAGUAUGAGCCCUCGGGCACGCUGCCCGCCCCUGUGUUAACCAACAGUGCUGGCUCCCGAAGCAGCCUCUCUGAGCCAGAGGCAUCAGAGCACAGUUUCAGCAGUGGUACAGCCUUGGUGGCCCCAGUCCAUAAGCAGGAGAACUUCCUGAGUCCAGGAUACACAAAGGAAGAACAAAAGCACAGACGUCCUUAUGAUUUUGAUGUGGACAGGGAUGCAAAAGGCCGGAGCCUAGAACAGUUCUCAACUACCCAUGGACACCCUCCCAUCAUCCUCAACGGCUGGCAUGGGGAGUCGGCCAUAGACCUCUCCUGCGCAUCAGAGGGAUCCCCAGGAGGCACAUCUCCUUUCCCAGUGAGUGCCAGCACCCCAAAGAUUGGGGCUAUCAGUUCACUUCAAGGAGCCCUUGGCAUGGACUUAUCUGGUAUUCUCCAAGCUGGCCUGAUCCAUCCUGUGACUGGGCAGAUCGUCAAUGGAAGCCUUAGAAGAGAUGACGCUGCCAUGAGGAGGCGGAGAGGGAGACGGAAACACGCCGAGGGAGGGAUGGACCUCAUUCUCCUGAAGGAGCAAACACUCCAGGCAGGAAUCUUGGAAGUCCAUGAAGACCAGGCACAGGCCCCACUGAACGCCACCCACCCAGAGGGUCCAUUGCCUGCUCCCUCAGCACCCGAGCCAGCUGCAGCCACCAAUGCCCAGGCUGAGAAACCCAUUCCCAGCAAGAGUCUGCUGGACUGGCUAAGGCAACAGGCUGACUACUCUUUGGAAGCCCCCAGCUUUGGAGCAAAUUUUUCAGACAAACCAAAGCAGAGGAGACCACGCUGUAAGGAAGCUGGAAAAUUAGACGUCAACUCCUUGAGCGGGGAAGAGAGGGUCCCUGCUGUCCCCAAGGAGCCAGGACUGAGGGGGUUUCUUCCAGAAAACAAAUCUAACCACACCCUGCCUGAGCCUGCACUUCGGGACACGGGGUCCCGCCGGAGGGGCCGGCGGCCUCGCACUGACCUCCUGAAAGCCCCAGCCAUCGUGGCAGACUCACCUUCGGGAAUGGGGCCCCUGUUCAUGAACGGGCUCAUUGCCGGCAUGGACCUGGUGGCGCUUCAGAACAUGCGAAACAUGCCCAGCAUCCCCCUCACGGGGCUGGUGGGAUUCCCGGCUGGCUUUGCCGCCAUGCCCACAGGUGAAGAAGUCAAGAGCACCCUGAGCAUGCUGCCCAUGAUGCUGCCAGGAAUGGCUGCUGUGCCCCAGAUGUUUGGGGUCGGGGGACUCCUCAACGCACCCAUGGCCAGUACCUGCGCUUCGGCCGUACCGGCACCUCUGUCAAGCACAACGAAAAGUGGCACGGCCACCUCGGAAAAGACUGCCGAGGACAAGCCGGCCAGCCACGAUGUGAAAACAGACACAUUAGCUGAAGACAAGCCUGGCCCUAGUCCAUUUUCGGAUCAAUCCGAACCUGCAAUAACUACGAGUAGUCCUGUGGCUUUUAACCCAUUUCUUCUCCCGGGAGUGUCUCCUGGACUCAUCUACCCAUCCAUGUUUCUCUCCCCUGGCAUGGGCAUGGCUCUGCCAGCCAUGCAGCAGGCCAGACACUCGGAAAUAAUAAGUCUGGAAAGCCAGAAGAGGAGGAAGAAGAAAACAAAAGGGGACAACCCCGAACCUGCUUCUGCGUCUGAAAAGGAGACUGGCAGUGAUCCCAGCUGCCCUGAAUCCAGGGCCCCCACACCCACGGAGAGAGAACAUGCGUAUCAGGCCAGGGAAGGAGGGCUUAAAGACUCCAGCAGUGACACCAAUUAGAACUCUUUCAUUUGAGAAAUUGUGACUUGUAAGUUUCUUAUCCCAUAACGGUUUGUUACUUCCCUCACUUCACCUUCAUCCCAACCUGUGUUCCCAUCAGUAAUGAUCCACCCACCUGGUUUCCUGUCAGAACUAUGGUAACAGACGUUAAUAGUCGCAGGGUCUUGCCACUUUUGUUAGUUAAGUGUCGUCGACCUAGUCUAGGAGGCACAGAGUUCUCAUUCUGUUAUCCAGUUGUUCAUUCCAGCGAUCGUAGUUAAUACAGUGACACGCCCUCCCCCCUUCUCUUCCAAGUUUCCCAUUCGAGGAGAAAAAAACAAUGGCAAAAGGAAGCUAUCUAGGAAUCUGUCUUUGAAGGCUAAAAAACGGACAAAGGGUAGCUCUUUUCCAUGAGCUGUGUUGAACAGGACGUAACGGGGCAACCAAAAAGCACAGACAAAGAAAGUGCUGGUACAUAUUUUUCAGUUGAAAUAUUUCCCUAUUUUAUCAUGAUUCCUAAAUGAGUAGUAUAGACAGAGUAUAUAACUAAUGGUUGAAAUGCAUAUAUUCCUUUCUUUAUAAAACAAAAUCUCACUGGUCGUAACAUGAUUUCUCCCUCCCUGGUUCUUUCAGCCCCCUGCAGCAAGAA